UGAAAUACAACCAAAAUAAGGUAACAAAAGAUCUGAAGAUUACACAACUGAAUACUAUAUAUACACCUCCCCAUAUGUCAUGAUAAUUGCAAGUCAGAGGAGAGAAAUACCAUUUGAUAAGAGAGAAGAAAAUGGCUCCAAUAUUGAAGGAUGAGGUAGACAUAGUGAUACCAACCAUAAGGAGCUUGAACUUCUUGGAGAACUGGAGGCCAUUCUUUGAGCCAUACCAUUUGAUCAUCAUCCAAGAUGGAGAUCCCACUAAGGUGAUCGGGGUCCCUAAGGGCUUCGACUAUGAGCUCUACAAUCGCAAUGACAUCAACCGCAUUCUUGGUCCCAAGGCCAAUUGCAUCUCCUUCAAGGAUGGUGCCUGUCGUUGCUUUGGUUUCUUGGUUUCCAAGAAGAAGUUCAUUUAUACCAUUGAUGAUGACUGCUUUGUGGCGAAGGAUCCUACUGGGAAAGAUAUAGAUACGUUAACACAGCAUCUUGACAAUCUGACGAAACCAUCCACACCCUACUUCUUCAACACUCUGUAUGAUCCUUACAGAGAAGGUGCUGAUUUCGUUCGCGGGUAUCCCUUUAGCUUGAGGCAAGGUGUUCCAACAGCUGUCUCUCAUGGACUCUGGCUUAACAUCCCUGAUUAUGAUGCCCCCACUCAGCUCGUCAAGCCUCUGGAGCGUAACACCAGGUAUGUGGAUGCUGUGAUGACAAUCCCCAAAGGGACUCUCUAUCCCAUGUGUGCUAUGAACCUCGCAUUUAACAGAGAACUUAUUGGCGCUGCUAUGUAUUUCGGGAUUAUGGGUGAAGGCCACCCUCUUGGCAGAUACGAUGAUAUGUGGGCUGGUUGGUGUACCAAAGUGGUGUGUGAUCAUUUGGGUUAUGGUGUGAAGACGGGGCUGCCAUACUUAUGGCACAGUAAGGCUAGCAAUCCAUUUGUGAACCUGAAGAAGGAAUACAAGGGGUUGUUCUGGCAGGAAGAGAUGAUUCCCUUCUUCCAAUCUGUUGUCUUACCAAAAGAAUGCACCAAUGCUCAACAGUGCUAUCUCGAGCUCGCUAAGCUGACCAAGGAAAAGCUUGGUCCAAUUGAUCCCUAUUUCCACAAUUUUGCUGAUGCUAUGGUUGCCUGGAUUGAGGCCUGGGAAGAAUUCAACCCACCAGCAAACGCCAAGACUGAAUCUGUUUAGUCGCCAAGUUCAUUUCGUCUCCUGAUGAAUCUUGAAACUUUAUCUUUAUCGCUUUCAUUCUAGUCUACGGCAGCAGGUUAGUUGUUGCUGUAUCUGUUUUCUUUUUCUGUUUGCUUAGUAAAUACAGCAGCAGGUUAGUUGUUGCUGUAUCCGUUUACUUCUUCAGUUCGCUUAAGAAAUAAACGAUGAAUUUCCUUUUUA